AUGCCGGUCCAGGUGUUGUCGGCCACCGAACCACCGCUAAUCUCACUUGGUGAUCAAAUCAUCAUCGAACGAACCGCCACGAGAUCCACAGUUGAUCUGGCUUCCGAAAGGCAGGCGGCGUAA